UACGCAGCCAUGGUCACCACCCACCACCACCAGACCACCCACUUCUCGCUCCCCAAGAAGCAAUUCCUCACCUACGCCCUCUACGCGCUCGUCCCUCUCGCGCUCCUCCAUUACCUGCUCUUCAACCCGCUGGCCGAACCCAAGCCGGCCGCCCUCGUGCGGGAGGAGGCGGCGAGCAUCGUCUCGUCCCAGCGAGGGCAUGCUCCGGCGAAUGCGCACGAACAGCUGCCUCCCGACCAAGGGGGCGGAGGAGUAUUGGGGGAAACGCAAGCCGGAGAAGUGUCGGCAACCGCGUCGCCGCCGCCGUGCGACUAUUCCGAGGGCGAGUGGGUGCCGGACGCGCGGGCGCCGCUAUACAACGGGACGAGCUGCGGCACCAUCAAGGACGGGCAGAACUGCAUGGCGCACGCCCGGCCGGACACCGGGUACCUCCACUGGCGGUGGCGGCCGCGGGGGUGCGACCUCCCGGCCUUCUCCCCGGACGCGUUCUUCCGCUGGCUCCGCAACAGGCACCUGGCCUUCGUGGGCGACUCCCUGGCGCGCAACCAGGGCGAGUCGCUGCUCUGCCUCCUGGCCUCCCGCUCCCGCCCGGACCUCGUGUACCGGGACGGCGAGGAGAACAAGUUCCGGCGGUGGGUCUUCCGCGACCACAACGCCACCGUGUCCAUCUUCUGGUCGCCGCUCCUAGUCAAGGUCGCCGAGAAGGCGGAGCUCGCCGGCGUGCGCCACAACAACGUCUUCCUCGACGCGUUCGACGAGAGGUGGAUGUCGCAGCUGGGGGCGCUCGACGCCGCCGUCCUGUCCGUGGGGCACUGGUUCCUCAUCCCCGGCAUCUACCACGACGGCGGCGAGGUCGUGGGCUGCCACGACUGCGCGGACCUGAACCGCACCGAGACGGCCUUCUUCGGCGUGUUCAAGGAGAUCGUGCACCGGACGCUCGCCGAGGUGGCCCGGCGGCACGGCAAGGACAAGAAGGUGGUCGCGUUCACCACGUUCUCGCCGGCGCACUUCGAGGGGGACUGGGACAAGACCGGCGCCUGCCCCAAGAAAGAGCCGUACAAGGACGGCGAGAAGGAGCUGGGCUACACGGAGAUGGAGAUGAGGAAGACCGUCGUGGAGGCGGUGGCCGCGGCCGCGUCCAGCGCUGGCGCUCUGCGGUUCGCGGCGCUCGACGUGACGAAGCUGGCGAACCUGCGGCCCGACGGCCACCCCGGCCCGUACAUGCGCAACGACCCGUUCGCCGGCGGCAUGGACGCCCGGGUGCAGAACGACUGCGUGCACUGGUGCAUGCCAGGCCCGAUCGACACCUUCAACGAGAUCCUGCUGCAGACCAUCUCAGGGUGACCACCAUGAUCGACACAUCUCAGAUCACAUGUUCAGUGAUACAGCUGUGUUUCUGAUCUAAGAACCGAGAAUUUUGGCCAAGAGUCUGUGCAUUGACGAUUAUUUUUCUCGUCGAUCAGAUGGUUAGGAGGAGAUAGGUUGUCCAUAAUCGGGGCAGUUGUAUGGAUGAGGGAUG